CAGAGAUAAAUGUUUGUCGUGAUGAUCAACGUCGUGAUCAGGAGCUCUUUCUUCUUUAUAUUUUUUUUUCUGGUAGUCUCCUCCUCCUUGUUUAAGUUGCAGACUGCAAAACUGCAACUUCAUUUAGCAACUGAGUGAGUGAGUGUAAGAUGCAGACGGCUGCAGACUAGGUGACCUCGCCGUUUGUUUCAGCAUCCCAAUGUAACCGUUAACCAUCUUCCUUUUUUCUCUCUCUCUCUCCUCACAUCACAUUUAUCCUCUUCCUUCAAUCUCUUGUCAAUUCAAUCAUUCCUCAGGUUUAUUUUCCUGCAAUGGCGACUGAUUCCAGCGACCAGGGCAACCAGGAUUUCUGUCGCAUUUUGGUGAUGAGUGAUGAAGGGGUAGGCAAUGUAAACGGAGAAUGUGGAUCAGUAAGUCAGGAAUGUGUGGAUGGUUCAGUGAUUUGCCACAAACCUGCUGUUCUUGAGAGCUCUGACCCGUUUCCUCCUUGCUUGGUUACGGUUGAUAUCGAGAAGGGUGCUACCGAUGUAUCGAAAAUCGACCAAGAAACUUGUGGGAGUAUCAAAACUGAGAUUUCAUUAACUAAACCAUUACGGAGACAGAAUAGCUUACAGACAGCAGGAGAAUCCAUACCCCCUCUAAUGAAUCACAUCCUCAUGUUGCUCAAGUUUGAUGCUAAAGAGAAGCAAGCACCGGAGAAGGCGCAUGAUCCAACUUACAACAGAUGGAGAAAGUAUAAACGUCCAGGUUUAUUUGAUUCACGACAGAUUGUUCUCCUAUUCUCCAUUCUGUCGAGUUUAGGGACGAUAGUGUUGAUUUUUCUGACACUCAGAGUUAGACAAGUCAGUGACGGCUAUAUUCAUGGCUAAGAGAAGGCUGUUUUUUGUUUUUAAAUAAUCUUUAUUCAUUUUAAAUUAUAGUCUUCUACUCUUCUGUUCCUAAAUGUAUUUGGAGAUAACUGCUCUGUGGCAUUUGUAUCUCAAUUUUUGUGUGUAAAUAUACCCAGUUUAGUGUUUGAUGCAA